AUGACUUUACAGAAUGAGGUAAUCGCGAAUUUACAUGACCUCAGUCAACAAAAAGUUUCACAUUUUUAUCGAUCAGCUCCAUUUAAGAUACCCGAACUGAUUUAUUCAUCUCUGGAAUCUAAAAAAGAUGAGCUAUUUCUUUAUGAUGAAGUCAUUAAUAUAAUUAAAAAAGAAAGGGUCUUUGGUUCUGCAUUCCUAGAGCUAAGACAAGAAGAUCUUGAAAGAUGGGGAAUGUCAGGUGGGCCAACUAAAAUCAUAGUAAAAUUGAUUAGAGGGAUUAAGAACAAAAAACAAGGAAAAUCAGAAGUUUCAAGAUAUACUAAUUUAUGCAAUCCUUACUCACAAAAGUUGUUAUAUUCUUGUGCUGAAGAAAUAUGGAAAUGA